AUGUCUGAAGGAGAGAACGCAAGCAUCGGUGAUGAACUUGCCAGUCUCUAUGGGGAGAAUAUCCUCGCCAAGGUCUACAGGACGGCGACGAAGUCUCUCAUCGGGGAGAAGCGCUUCCCGGACUACUUCCCCGAGUACGUGCCGCAGGAGGGAGAAGAUUCCGGCAACUACACGCUACGCGAGGCCGAAUUUUGGACCUGCGGCUUCUUCCCGGGCACGCUAUCCCUGCUGCUCGAGCGCACCGUCAGGUUUCCUCGCAAGAUCUGCACCUCCGACGAGGACGCAUCGGAUAAAAUCAGUAUCGAGACAAUCCGGCUGCACCUCCAAACUCUCUGUGACACCUGGACAAGGCCACUCCACCGUAUGGCCAGCCGAACCGACACCCAUGACAUCGGGUUCAUCGUCAUGCCGUCCUUGAGGUUGGACUGGGAGCUCAAUGGGAAUGUCCAGAGCCUCAACUCCAUUAUCUGUGCUGCACAGAGCCUAGCCACGAGAUACGUCCCUACCUCGGGGGCUAUCCGUAGUUGGGACUUGCUGAUAAAGAAGAACCUUGAGAUCCUUGACCAGACAGAGAAUAUGAUCAUUAUCAUUGACAGCCUUUGCAAUCUGGACCUGCUCUACUACGCGGCUGAACACUGUCCUGAUGGACAGGAACUCUACGAUAUAGCCACCUCACAUGCACGCGUUCUGCUCCGGUCGCAUCUCCGCGAAGAGAAGCCUGUUCCUUUGUCCAAGCAAUGCUACACGGGGCCAUGGUACUCUACUUGUCACGUCGCCAAUAUCGACCCUCGAACCGGCGAACUAAAGGCUCGUCUCACGCACCAGGGCUACGACAAUGAAUCUACAUGGGCCCGCGGCCAGGCGUGGGCCAUCCUAGGCUAUGCACAGACGUUCAUGUCGACCAAGGAUAGGAUAUUCGUACGAGCAGCAUGCGGUCUCGCCGAGUACUUCCUGUACCGGUUAGAAACGGCCCCCGAAUGCAUACCCAUGGGUAGUCGCUACGUGCCACUUUGGGACUUUGACGCGCCCAUUAGUGACAGUGAGAGUCCCCUCCGUGACUCUUCGGCUGGUUCCAUCGCUGCCAACGGACUGUUAGUGCUCUCUCAGGCGAUGGCAGCAAUGGGCCAGGACGACCUCGCUGGGCGGUACCGCCGAGCAGCUAUUGAUAUCGUCAGGGAGUUGCUAGGCUUUGCACAGGCACCCGAGAAGGCGCAUUUGGUCAAGGGAUCCGUAAAUGCCAUCGAGGUGGAAGAUGAUACUCUCCGGACGUUCGAUGGGAUCUUGAAAUAUGGCACGGCUAACAACAAUCAGUACUCUAAAAGGCGGUAUGCCAACCAUGGGUUGGUAUACGGGGACUAUUAUCUAGUUGCGUUUGGGAACCGGCUGUUGCAAAUGGGUCUUGUGUGA